AAGAUGGCGGCAGCAGUGACGGCGGUGUGGGCGGCUGCGGGCAGCAUGAGUGGCUGCGGGCUUUUCAUGCGCAGGGGGGUGGCGGCGACACGUGCGUGCCGGGCUGUGGUGGCCUUCACCGCGAGCCGUCGCCCGUUGCGCACCAGUCCGCUGAGCCGAGCUUUCGCCAAGGAGCUCUUUCUGGGCAAAAUUGAGAAGAAAGAAGUUUUCCCAUUUCCGGAAGUUAGCCAAGAUGAACUUAAUGAAAUCAAUCAGUUUGUGGGACCUGUAGAAAAGUUCUUCACUGAAGAGGUGGACUCUCGAAAAAUCGACCAGGAGGGAAAAAUUCCACAUGACACUUUAGAGAAGUUGAAGAACCUGGGGCUUUUUGGAAUGCAAGUCCCAGAAGAAUAUGGUGGCCUGGGCCUCUCCAACACCAUGUAUGCGCGGCUAGGGGAAAUCAUCAGCCUGGAUGCGUCGAUCGCCGUGACCCUGGCAGGACACCAGGCUAUCGGCCUCAAGGGCAUCAUCUUGGCCGGCAGUGAGGAGCAGAAGGCCAAAUACCUGCCCAAACUGGCAUCUGGGGAGCACAUUGCCGCCUUCUGCCUGACGGAGCCAGCCAGCGGGAGUGAUGCUGCCUCCAUCCGGACCCGGGCCACGUUAAGUGAAGAUAAAAGGCACUACGUGCUCAAUGGCUCCAAGGUCUGGAUCACCAAUGGAGGGCUGGCCAGUAUUUUUACUGUGUUUGCAAAGACCAGCGUUGUUGAUUCCGACAACUCAGUAAAAGACAAAAUUACAGCAUUCAUAGUAGAGAGAGACUUCGGUGGAGUCACUAACGGGAAACCUGAAGACAAGUUAGGCAUCCGUGGCUCCAACACUUGUGAAGUCCGUUUUGACAACACCAGGGUGCCUGUGGGAAACGUCCUUGGAGAAGUUGGAGGCGGGUUUAAGGUGGCCAUGAACAUCCUCAACAGCGGGCGGUUCAGCAUGGGCAGUGCCGUGGCCGGAAUGCUCAAGAAAUUGAUCGAAAUGACCGCUGAAUAUGCCUGCACGAGGAAACAGUUCAACAGGAACCUCAGUGAAUUUGGAUUAAUUCAGGAGAAGUUUGCCCUGAUGGCUCAGAAGGCUUACGUAAUGGAAAGUAUGGCCUACCUCACUGCAGGGAUGCUGGACCAACCAGGGUUUCCCGACUGCUCCAUCGAGGCUGCCAUGGUGAAGGUGUUCAGCUCAGAGGGCGCCUGGCAGUGCGUGAGUGAGGCGCUGCAGAUCUUCGGGGGCUCGGGCUACAUGAGGGACUACCCGUUUGAGCGCAUUCUGCGUGACACCCGCAUCCUGCUCAUCUUUGAGGGAACCAACGAGAUCCUGCGGAUGUACAUCGCCCUGACAGGCCUGCAGCACGCCGGCCGCGUCCUGACUGCGAGGGUCAAUGAGCUUAAACGGGGCAAUGUGACCACCAUCAUGGAGACCAUUGGCCGGAGGCUUCGAGACUCCCUGGGCCGAACUGUGGACCUGGGGCUGACGGGGAAGCUUGGAGCUGUGCACCCCAGUGUUGCGGACAGUGCCAGCAAGCUCGAGGAGAACGUGUAUUACUUUGGCCGAACCGUGGAGACGUUGCUGCUCCGCUUUGGCAAGACCAUCGUGGAGGAGCAGAUGGUCUUGAAGCGGGUGGCUAACAUCCUCAUCAACCUGUAUGGCAUGACGGCCGUGCUGUCGCGUGCCAGCCGCUCAAUCCGAGUGGGGCUCCGGAACCACGACCACGAGGUUCUAUUGGCCACCAUGUUCUGCACGGAAGCUUAUUAUCAGAAUCUCUCCGCCCUGUCUCAGCUGGACAAGUAUGCUCCAGAAAACCUAGAUGAACAGAUUAGGAAAGUGUCCCAACAGGUGUUAGAGAAGCGAGCCUAUGUCUGUGCCCACCCUCUGGACAGGACAUCCUGAAGCAGAAGGACGGUGUUCCCUCCUGCCCCCAGGCCAACUCACUCUUUUUCCAGAAGGCGGAGAACUUGGGAUUAUUACAAGUUGAAUCGU